AUGGAGGCUAGGAAGGUAGUCGAAAACGUCCAGUGCAUCAACGGAGGACUCACCUCGGUCGGUACCUUGCGCUUGACCGAUUUCCACCUUGUCUUCUGCGCACCGCCACCACCUCCCAAGAACCAAACCGCCGACCAAGCCGAUAAACCUCCCCCGAAACCUCGAGAAUCAUGGAUCACCUAUCCUAUUCUAUCGCAGUGCAUACUCCGACUCAUGCCUCCUACUCAUGGCAUUCACAGCUCUAUCCGCAUCCGCUGUCGCGACUUCAUCUUUGUCACUUUCAACUUUGAGGACAAUAACGUUGCUCGAGACGUCUUUGAGUUUGUGAAGCUCAGAACUUGCAAACUAGGCACCAUCGAGAGGCUCUUUGCUUUCAGUCACAAGCCCUCCAAGGCCGAGCGACAGAUCAAUGGCUGGAGCAUCUACGACCCCAAAGCCGAGUUCCGGCGCCAGGGCAUUAGCGAAAAGUCGUCAGACAAAGGAUGGAGAAUCACAAACAUCAACAAGGACUAUACUUUCUGCGACACUUAUCCCGCCGUUCUGGUGGUUCCCUCUUGCAUCUCAGACAACGUUUUGAAAUACGCCAAGGAGUAUCGUUCCAGACACAGAAUUCCCGCCCUGAGUUACAUCCACGCAGACAACAACUGCACUAUUACCCGCAGCUCGCAACCUCUUUCAGGCAUUACCAGGAAGAACAAUGUGCAGGACGAGAAGCUGGUCUUGGCUUCAUUUGCGCCUAUCAUGCCCCGAAGCAGCAUUGAUCAAGACCAGCCUCCUCGCCUGAGCCAGUCAGAUAUCUCUGAAAAGUCGUCUACAGAUGGAGAGCUCUCUGAGCAGAUUGUCGCAGACGAUGAACCCAAGAUGUUUGAUGAAAACGGCAAACGCCUCAUCUAUGGUGCCCAACAAGCCAACAUGAUUGUCGACGCCAGACCUACUGUGAAUGCCAUGGUCAAUCAGAUUGGAGGAAUGGGCUCAGAGCCCAUGGACCGCUACCCAGGUGCCAAGAAAGCCUUCAUGAACAUUGAGAACAUCCAUGUGAUGAGGAAGUCGUUGGAGAGUGUUAUGCUUUGUCUCAAGGAUGCCGACCUGUCUCCUUUGUCUCCUGACCAGAACGCCUUGGCUGCCACCAACUGGCUGAAACACACGCAAGCUGUUUUGAAUGGAGCCGAUAUUGUCGCCAAGCAAGUAUGGUUGAAGCAGUCGCACGUCCUCAUUCACUGCUCCGAUGGCUGGGACCGAACCAGUCAGCUUAGUGCUCUUGCACAGAUCAUGCUGGACCCUUUCUUCCGAACUAUCGAAGGGUUCAUUGUUCUUGUCGAGAAGGACUGGCUUGCCUUUGGCCAUAUGUUUAGGCUUCGAUGUGGCCACUUGAACCACGAGGACAACUUCAAGGUCCAGAACGACUCGAUGGCAGGCUCAACCAUCCAGCCUGGAGAGAAUGACGGCCGCGCAGAUGCCUUCCAGAAUGUCUUCACUGGUGCCAGGCAGCUGUUCAAUCCCAGCAAGGAGGACAAGGCUGAACUCGAUGCCAUUACCGAAGGCUCUACCGGAAAAGUCGCAAAAGACGAGGCUACUGUUCCUAAGAUGGUCAGCCCUGUGUUCCACCAAUUUGUGGACUGCGUCUAUCAGCUUCUCCGCCAGAACCCGACCAAGUUUGAGUUCAAUGAGAGAUUCCUUCGUCGACUGAUCUAUCAUCUUUACUCCUGUCAAUAUGGCACCUUCCUCUACAACUCCGAGAAACAGAGACACGAGGCUCGUGCCUCUGAGCGCACUUCUUCGGUCUGGGACUACUUCUUGUCCCGCAAGCCAGAGUUCACCAACAAGGACUAUGAUCCGACCUUCGAUGAGUAUGUUAAGGGCCGCAGCCGUAUCAUAGUGCCAGAUAUGACCAACAUCCGCUGGUGGCACCAACUCUUCAAUCGGACCGACGAGGAGAUGAAUUCGCACCUCAACGCCGUAGCGACCGCUGCAGCCAACAGAGCUACAGCCAUGAACGAACUGCACCCAACUACGGAGGAUUCUUACGCGAAUAGCCAGCCUGGUACCCCGCCCCAAUCCACCGCAAGCCCCAAGCCGCCUUCUCUCCCUACCAGCCAGUCGGUUCUGGGAGGUGUAGAGAACACGCACACUACUUUGACGCCCAAUUAUCAAGAGCGACAGGCCCCGGUUCUCCGUCGAAGUGUGUCGGCCGAGAACUCCAAUGCCUUCAGUGCAGGCGUCAUGUUCGAACGAAUGCACGACGCGCCGUAUACCGUCGAGGUGACUAGUGCUACAAUGAAACUCGACGCCGAGCUCUUCUACCAGGAGAAUUGGGCUGACUCAACGUAUACGUUGAGCAACUGGGGCGAUUCAACAAUCUGGGAAUGGGGUACUAAAGCCGUCGCCAACGUCGCCAACUUGAGCAACGACUGGUCAAACUUGACCGAUGGCUUGGCCGAGGACACUCCUCAUGGAGAUACUUGCGCUGACAAUAUCGCCCGCGAUGAUGAUGAUGACGAUGGCGUCUGUGUCACUGGAGAUGCGUCAACCGACAUUGACGCCGGUUCCGACGCGUCCUCGGUUCAUUCUCUCGAUAGUGUCUCGACAGGGGAUGUUGCCGAUGUUGGCAACUUCAUUUUGGUGAACACGAGCACGGAGGCCGUGUCUGCCGAGAACGGCGGAUCUGUGACUCCCAACCACUAG